UGACGACAGAGGAAGUGAGUAUAAGGUAGCAUUGUAACUGCAUAGAGACAAAAGUUAGCUGCACAUAUCUUGCAUCACAGUCAACCAACGAGAAAAGCACUGUAAAGGACUGUCUUAUGGAUUCUCCUAGGCAGUCCAAGAAGACCAAGCAGAAUCGAGAUGGGAAGCACAUCCAGAAUCAGUCUAGGGCCCCUCCUCAAAAAGACGCUUAUGCCAGACUGCUGAGCCAGCACCGCAGCAGCAUGUUCAGUUCAUAUCUUGAACAAUGCGCACAGGACUCAUUGUCCCAAAAAGAGGCAAAUGAUACCAGCUCAGCGCUCCAGGUCCACAGUGACAGGCCUAAUGCAGCACAACAAAGGAGGGACCAAGGCCUGAACGAUUUAUCUCCAUCCUCCUUAAAAAACAAACGAGGGGAGAGUUCGCUGUCCUUAUACAUAGAGAAAUUAAGCAUUCAUAAUGCUCAGCAGGAGUGUGAAAGGAAACAAGGUGUGAGUGAGAGGCAGCGAAGAGGGCAGAGGAGGGACACCACCACCAGCCAGGAUGGAGAUAUCGAAUCCGGAGAGGAGGUUGCUUGUUCAAGACCUAACAGCGCAAAGAAAUACCAGAAACAGCAAAGGAAGAAGGAUGAUCCACACAAAAAUGUUGGCCCAAAAGCGGCCGAGGUAAAUGUUUGCCUCCCGGCCCCUCCAAUGAACGCAAGUUCAAGCGAGCAGGAACAAGAGAAGGGUAUGAAGUCGAAGAAAAAAAGCCAACUAAAGCAGCCGGAGGAGGAGAAAAACAGAGAGGGGAUUUCAAAAUUAGCCGCUGAUCCUCAGACACCGAGGCCCAAACCAAACCAUGGUAAAAGUGGUAAACCUCAGCAGCCUGCAGCUACAGGAACAAAUUCUCCAGAUGAGAAGAGUAAGAACAAAGGAGACAGGCGAUCAAAAAAACAAGUGUUUGAGUCCUACAUGAGCUUUGAGGAGGUUUCCCAUGGCCUCAAAAGAGGAGAGCUUUACCAGGGACAAAUAAGAAUUAAUCCCAAGAAUUACAAUGAAGCCUUCAUCCCAUCUCCUGAUGACAUGCGUGAUAUAUUCCUGGAUGGAGUCGUUGCUCGCAACAGGGCACUAAAUGGAGACGUAGUGGUGGUUCAGAUUCUCUCUCGGGAACAGUGGAAGGUGGUGAGGUCUGACACUGACUGUGAUGGCACCAGUGAGUCUGACACGCAGGCAGAACAUGUGCUACGAACAGCCCAGAAGAGGACAUGGCACGCCCUGACUCCUAAUCUUGUUGUGGAGGACCAGUCCAGUGAUCCGGAAGAACUCCCUAGGAAACGUCCUGAUAUCUCAAUCACUGACCCUGGGGAACAUCUAGAAGAUCCUUCAACCACCCGAGCCAAUGCUGAAAUCCUCCAAAAGACUGCUAAAGUGGUUUACAUCAUUGAGAAAAAACACUCCCGAGCUGUAACAGGCCACCUGAAGUUCCUACCAGACAGGUCCUUCGCCAUGUUCUCUCCUGUAGACCACCGCGUGCCACGAAUAAAUGUUAAACUUGACGACUGCCCCGCAGACUUUAAAACCCACCCAGGUGAUUUCGCCAAGACCUUGUUCAUCUGUCGGAUCACCGACUGGGCAGCUGACAGCAACUUUGCAGUAGGCCAACUUGCUAAGACCCUGGGUCAAGCAGGAGAAAUUGAGCCAGAGACAGAAGGAAUCCUGACUGAGUACGACGUGGAUUUUUCUGAAUUUACUGAAGAGGUGUUGGACUGUCUUCCUAAGAACCUCCCCUGGACCAUCCCACCAGAGGAGUUCGAAAAGAGGAGGGACCUUCGGAAGGAGUGCAUCUUCACAAUUGAUCCGGCGACUGCCAGAGAUCUGGACGAUGCCCUGUCAUGUAAACAACUCCCUGAUGGCAACUUCGAGGUGGGAGUUCACAUUGCUGACGUGAGUUAUUUUGUGGAGGAGGGCACCGCGCUUGAUGCCAUCGCCAGCCAAAGAGCUACCAGUGUUUACCUUGUUCAAAUGGUGAUUCCCAUGCUGCCCAGGCUGCUGUGUGAGGAGCUGUGCAGUUUGAAUCCUCUCACUGACAGGCUCACUUUCUCUGUCAUUUGGAAACUUACACCUGAGGGAAAGAUCCUGGACGAGUGGUUCGGCCGCUCAAUCAUCCGCUCCUGUGUGAAGCUGAGCUACGACGACGCUCAGAGAAUGAUCGAUGCCCCUGAGAAACUAUUCCCUCCUGAGAAGCUUCUGCCUGUUGACCUCGAGCACACUAUUGAUGAGAUACACCAAGCUGUGCUUCACCUGCACUCUAUUGCCAAGAACCUUCGAGCUCAACGCUUUAGGGGAGGAGCUCUUAAACUGGACCAGCUAAAACUUUCUUUCACACUCGACAAAGAGACCAUGAUGCCUCAAGGUUGUUAUAUUUACGAAUACAGAGAAAGCAACAAGUUAGUGGAGGAGUUCAUGUUGCUGGCUAACAUGGCCACAGCGACCCACAUUUAUGGGAAAUUCCCUGAACUGGCCAUGCUGCGGCGCCACCCUCCACCCAAAGCUAAGAUGGUGAAGGAGCUGGAGGCGCUGUGUAGCCAGCUGGGAUUGAAAAUAGACUUUUCCUCUGCCGGAUCCAUACAAAAGAGCCUCUGUGCCGUUUAUGGAGAUGACGAGUACUCUGUUUACAGAAAGGAAGUCCUCAACAACAUGUGUUCCAGACCCAUGCAGCUGGCCUUGUACUUUUGUACCGGUGCACUGAAGAAGAAAGAAGAGUUUAGGCACUACGCUCUCAACGUUCCUCUAUACACACACUUCACAUCGCCGAUCAGACGCUACCCUGACAUCAUAGUGCACCGGCUGCUGGCAUCGUCUCUGAAGCUCGGCCCUCGUUUAGGCCUGUCAACAGGGGAAGUCGAGAAACAGGCGUUGCACUGCAAUGAUAAGAAGACUUUGUCCAAGAGGGUCCAGGAGCUCAGCUCUGAGCUUUACUUUGGAGUGCUUGUUAAGGAGUGUGGCCCACUGGACUCUAAAGCCAUGGUGAUGGGGGUGCUGGAUAAGUCCUUUGAUGUGCUGGUUCUCAAAUACGGUGUGCAGAAACGCAUCUACUGCAAGUCUAUUGUAGGCGUAGACUCAUUCCACCAUUGGAAGGUGGAGAAAGUCCCUCAUCUCAAGCUGGUCUGGACAAGUAAGGAUCUAGAAAGUCCCCCUGUAGAGCAGGUAAUUUCCUUCUUCUCUGUGGUUGAGGUGCAGCUCAGAGCGGAUGAAGCGCCUCUCAAAUACAGCGCAGUGCUCAAGAGGCCAGAGGACAGCGGGUCCUAGAGCAAAGGAGCACUUUGCAGAAAGUUUGGAGUUGCACAUUGUGUUUUGUGGCUGAAUAGGAAUGUAAUUGUAAGUUUAGAUGUAGUACUGCAGGGUAGCAGCGAUCAUACCUGCAUUAAAUCUCCACAAAUUCCUGUGCAAGGAAAAGGUCUUAUGAAGGUUUAGUUUUUAGCUUUUUUAACUGACCUCGCAUUCUCCAAGUCAGGUUGUAGGCUUUCAUUGUAGAAGAUCUUGCUUUCAGGUGUCAUGUGCAUCCACCUUAUAUCAGAAAGAUUUAGAUGUUUCAGAUAUGUCCUUAUGAAAGUAUUUUUGUUGUUGUUUAACAUUGCCAACUUGUUUCCUGUGUGUUUAGCUCCACCAGCUGGUAUUACACACUACCAACGUUUACUCCUCUGGUUUAUUUUCUGUGACUCAGAUGGAUUCACCUUGUCUUUAACAUACAGUGACCAACAUGACUCACACUUUUAUUAUGAUAACUUGUCACGUCAUAACGUUUGCUCUUUCACCUGGACGUAGACACUGACAUGCUUUUCCUUUCAGACGUCUACAUACGCUCAACACCAGCAUGAAUGUCGUAUUAAGCCUGAGCUUUUAAUGACGCAUUUGUUUUCUUCAAGGGUGGUACAGUGAUACGACAUGUUUAAAACAAGACUUGGGUGCAAAGUCUCACAAUUAUACAUACAGGGUCAAAUAUAUUCAUGCACCGCCUCUAGUAUUUGCCUAAAUGCCCCUUUCAAAGUUGUAGAAGAACUGAUUACUUUUUGUAACCAUCAAGCUUCUGGGUGGAUAGGUGUCCACUCAUCCUAUCAGAAUUGGUUGGUUUCCUGGCACAGACCUAGCUUUUCAGAGUCACUGAGCGAAACAUAAUGUUUGACAACAGUUGAGGUUGGGGCUUUGCCAGUAGCCUGUUUAAAAAACCAGUUUUGAUGUGUGUUUAGGAUAAUUGGUCUCUUCAAACAUUCAACUGUGUCCAGUUUUACCAUUCAUGUUACUGGUUUGAAGUGAGGUUGGAGAACUUGGAGGUGGUUCUGUUUCAGCAUUAUUCCAUCCACUUUGUGCAAUGCAGCAGUACCACUAGCAACCAACCAGACCCUGAGUAUGAUGCUGCCACCACCAUGCCUGACAGUUGCUACAGUUUUAGGUUUCAAACCCUCACGUGGAUUCUUCUGACAAUUUUUGUCUCGUUUGACUGUAAAAUAAUUUCCAGAAGGCGUUUAGUUGAUCAGUAUUUUGAUACAGGCUCCAUUGUUAAAACUACAACAGAAGCUUAUAGUCGUCUAGAGCAGUGUUUUUCAACCCUGGUUCACAGGGCACGCUGCCCUGCAUGUUUUAGAUGUUUCUUAGCUUUAACACACUUGAUUCAGGUGAAUGUGAGUAAGCAAAAGCCUGUUAAUCAGCCAUUAACCUGAUAUCAGCUGUGCUGAAUCAAGGACACACCUAAAACAUGCAGGGCAAUGUGUCUUGAGGCCCAGGGUUGAAAAACACUGGAUUAGAGGCUUUGUGGACCCUGGGUUGCUCCUGAACGUACUGAUAGGAAUUAUAAAAGACCCCGACCCCAACUCUUAAUUUUUAUUUUGGACUAGUAUGUGCUUGGAAAUCAACCAAAGGUCCCCUAUUUCAGAUUAGAAGAUUGGGUAAAAAUCGGGUUAGAACUAUGUCUUAAGCUUGUUGAUUGCUUCAGAAGCCUGCUAUUUCUCUGCACUGUGCUACAGUGUAUUUAUCCUCAUCUUAGUGGGAGUGGGUUUAAGUCUAUAUUCUUAAAUUUAACUGUGUGGGAGAGAGAAUAUCUGCCAUAAAUUCAAACUCAUUCACUCAGUUGUUUUCAAAAAUAAUUGAAGCGGUAUGUUGUUCUCUGAAUCCAACCUGAAGGAGGAAAGUUUCAAAUAAAUUAUUAAAAGCCCUGAAUUAAUGUGGCAAUCAUAUCAACAAUGAGAGAAAGUUGACCAUCUAAGAGGACCUGUAUGUAUAGUCCCACAUUUGAGUUCAUACAUAAUAGUAAAUAUAGAAAAAAAGAUUUUUCAUUUUGUUUAAACAGUUCAUAUGACACAGUCCUGACUUUUAAACCCUAGGAGUUUCUGUUUACAUUAGAUUGGCACCGUCUGUGUUAUAGACUCCUCAUGUUUAUGUCGUGAAGAAAAGAGAUGUUGGAACUCUGCAGGUAUCCGUUUUUGGAGCUCACAGGACUUUUAUUUAACUUGGUAAAAAAUAGGAUCUGAUGUGUUCUUGCCAUAUUUAAGCUCCAUGCUCUCUGUUCAGUGUGCCAGUCAAGCCAAAGCUUAAUCCUUUGUCAGCUCUGUAUGUUUUUAAUCUAAUAUUGGGAAUGACUUGAAUGUGAAAGCUGCUGAAAAUGAGUUUCUUCUUUAUAAACAUGCUUCCAUCUGC